UCAAACAGGGGAAGCCUGGUACUCGCUAAUGGCAGCCAUGGACGGGGUGGUGCAGAAUCAGCCUCAGCAGCAGCAGCAGCAGCAGCCUCCGCCGCCGCAGCCGGUGGUUGUUGCGGAAAGGCUGAACCAGGCGGUACAGCAACAGCUGAACCUGGAGGCUGUGAAGACUCGAGCUAUUACUCUAUUCAAAGCCAUCUCACGGAUCCUCGAAGAUUUUGAUGUCUAUGGUCGCAGCAAUACAACGCCCAAAUGGCAAGACAUAUUGGGGCAAUAUUCUAUGGUGAAUCUCGAGCUCUUCAACAUUGUUGACGAAAUUAAGAAGGUUUCUAAGGCUUUCGUUGUACAUCCAAAGAAUGUGAAUGCAGAGAAUUCGACAAUUCUACCGGUUAUGUUGUCCUCAAAAUUGUUGCCUGAGAUGGAGAUAGACGACAAUUCGAAACGAGAGCAGUUGCUUCUUGGGAUGCAAAACAUGCCAAUAUCUACACAGAUUGAUAAAUUAAAGACUAGAAUAGAAAUGAUUGGUGCAGCCUGUGAAAGUGCUGAAAAAAUAUUAGCUGAGACUCGGAAGGCAUAUUGUUUUGGAAUGCGUCAAGGGCCAGCAAUAGCUCCAACUUUAGAUAAGGCUCAAGCUGCAAAAAUUCAGGAGCAAGAGAAUUCACUGCGAGCUGCUGUUAACUUUGGGGAAGGAUUAUUUACUGGUGAGCAAAGGCAGAUUACACCAACACUUCCAAUGCAUUUGGUAGAUGUGCUGAAUGUAGGUGAUGGAGUACAAAGUUUUAAUGAAACGUCAGGUAUGUAUGCAAAGAAUACUCCUCUAAUAUCAAGUAAUAUUAGUGGUCAAGGAUCAUUGUUACAGCAGCCUCCUGGGUCACAACUUAUUGGAAGAUCAGCUGCUUCACCUUCUGGUACUACGGCCACAUCCUUUGACAACACAACAUCACCAUUGCCAUAUGCUAACUCUCCAAGGUCUACAAACAUUAUGAACACGCCUUCUCCUCAACAGCAGACCCAACAACAGCAACAGCAGCAGCAGCAGCAGCAACAGCAGCAGCAACAGCAACAACAACUUCAGGCCCAGCAACAAAGGCAAAAAUUGAUGCAACUACCUCAGCAUCAGCAACUCCUUGCUCAACAACAGUUGAGGCAGUCUCCCAUGCAAGGAAUAGGACAGCAUCAGAUGCAGUUUUCACAGCCAUUAGUGCACCAGCAAUUUCAGGGAAGGCAGAUGUCUUCUGGACAUGUUCAACAUGGCAUCAGUCAAAGCCAACUUGGCCAAGGAAAUCAAAUGAAUCGUCACUUGAGCCAGUUUUCUAGUGCUACUAACAGUGGUUUGUUUAAUGCUGCGCAGACUACACCAAGUUCUCAAAUGAUUCCUAAUAUUUCAGCAGCAGUGUCAUCACAACCACUCAUGGCACGCAUGCAGUAUGCGUUACCAGGGAGCAAUCCGCAGCGAAGCCAUGCUUCUCAAAUUCUGAGUGAUCAGAUGUUCAACAUGGGAGGAGGUAAUCCGGGUGGAAUGAUGCCUAUGCAGCAGCAACAGCAGCAGCAUGCUCCACAAGGGGCAUUUGGUAACAUGCCAGCAAAUGCACAGUCUCUACAAUCUGGUAUGGUACCACUUCAGAACAUGCAACAGACUCACCCUAAUUUUGGUCAGCAGAGACAGCAAAAUCAGCCAUAGGCCACACUACUCAAUUCACAGCUCAUUCUCUAUUACGCCUCGCACGCUGUGCUUUCGAAAUCUGCAGUAAAAAGAAGGUUGUCGUAUGCUUCUUAUUUCUCGUUUAGUCCCAGCAUGUGGUUCUGUCUGUUAAACUGCUUGGUUGUCAAUGAUAUCUAUCUUGAAGAGGAGCGAUUAAUUUAAUAUUCUUUUGUACAUAUAAGUAAGAGUGUGUUUGAGACUGAUGGUAUAGAAUGAGUGAUUUAAAAAAAAAA